UCGUCAAACCUUUGAAUAUCAUAUUUCUUUGAAUUUUGCCAUAAUUCAGACUAUUGAACCUUCGAAUAACUCCAUCGUUUUUUAUUUUGCAGAAUGAAACUUUAGAAAGACACAAGAAAUUGAAUGGCUAUUUCGGUGAUUUGCUGAGAACUAUUGCCGAUGAAGCUAAUUUUUCAAUAGAUCGUCAAGAAUUGGAAGAUUCUUAUGGAGUUUACAAUGAGCUGUCAAAAAAGUGGAAUGGAAUAAUAGGAAGAUUGAGCCAGUCAUCAUCUCGCAUGCCAUCUAUUACGUACGGAAACCGGCUGAGAAUGUUUUCCAUUGGACAAUAUACUACAAAGCAUUUGGUAGAAGAUCUUCGUAUAUUUUAAUAGGAAUUGUAUUAGGCAUACCUCCGCUGAUUGGUUGUAUCACAUUGCAUAAGAGACGGAUGCAAAAUACAAUAAAUGAAUUCAUAAAAGAUGGAACAUACAGAAUUGCAGUAAUGAAAGAUACGAGUUUUGUGGACAUUUUCAAGCAUGGAAAUAGCUCAUUGAUGAAAAAACUUCAAUCAUUCAUGCUAACCAAUGAAGAAUUACCUCAGUAUGUCGCAACCACGGUUGAAAUGGUUUGCUCCGGUGGAAAGAUUGUUUUAUUUAUGGACGAGUACAGUGUUCGUAGCAAUAUAUCCAACCCUAGCUGCGAAUUAGAGGCAUUCGAUCGAGGUCAACUGAUAAACAUGGGUUUUACUUUUGUAAAACAUAGCCCUUACGUGGGCUUCUUUAACUAUUAUUUUCAGAGACUGCGUUCAUACGGAGUACUGCAAGUUCUUAGAAAACGCUAUGAACGUGGAAUCAAUGAUUUUGAGACAAGUUAUGAAAUCAUGCCAUUAGUUGGAACUUUAGCGAUAUUUUUCAUACUGAUCGUUGGAAUACUCUUAUCUAUUUUAAUUAUGGCGUUUGAAAACAUUUAUUUCUACGUAAAUUUGCGAAGACACGAAUUUGCAAAGUCAAGAACGAAUUAUUGGAAGUCUCUUAUACGACCUGAAUUUUAAGUUUCUAAUGAAAUAUGAUACAUAUAUACUUAAAAAUGUAUGUAUUUGACAUUUGUUUGUUAUAAAUUUGUACUGAUAACUAAUUUUAAGACUUAUAAUAACUUCCCUUCAGAGAUUUACAAUAUAAUAGUGUUAUGCUGCACCGAGAUAAUUGAUUUAUUCAACAUUUAUACGCUUUGUGAUAUUUCAC